CAACUCCCCCUUCCUUCAGCGUACCGGGGCGAAAGAGGAGCCGCAAUAACGGAGAUAUAACACACUCUCGCCAGUAACCGGGAAGCACUGCGAAAACUCCAACCUCCACCCCUCCGCAGUGAGCGCGGACCAGGCUACGCCGACAGCAAGGCCCCAUCCUGUGUAAGGCUCGCCUCUAACGGGGUUUGAGGUCCGCGACGGUUGCCAGGCCAGAGUACCCCUUGGUGUCAGUGUCUUCUCUACGGGGCGGAGACUGGAAACUGCUUCCUGUCACCCCCACUAAAAUCCUGCCCCUGCCGGACACGGUGCCUGAGGAAACCGGCCCAGGGAUCGAUAUAGGCCCAAACCGGGGGCGGAUAUCCUUGCUGGUACGGAGCGGAUAACGGAUACUUCACAAGCUCCGGUUUUAGGCUGGUAGGCCUCGUCCAGGCCGCGGGCUGUAAUUGCACGCUCCCUCUGAAAGUGGAAGGCCCUGUUUGGAAUCCUGAGCCUUACUGCAGCGGAACAAAGCGGACAGAUCACGAGAAGCCCAGUUCGCGGGGUCCUGUCUUUAGCAUGGAUCCGGACCGUAUGCACUGAGCCUGGGGAUAGCAGCGCAGAGACUCCCCGCCUCGGGCAUGUGACUUCCCAGACCAUGGAGACCCCGCUACUUCUAUAAUAGAAACCUGAGGCUGUGACUCGCCCUCUCCCUUCAUCCAUCAUUUCCCGGGGCGAUUGGAAGAGCUCUCCCCGUAUACCCCAUCACAAUGAUCCGGGGGUAACCUAACUGGGGGCAUGUGAGCACUGGGGCCCUCCCCUCCCUGACAGACUGGGCUAGCAGAGGGGACCCCCUUGUCUUGUGGAUAGUAGGUGGGUGGUUGCCGCUUAUCUUGUGGACCGGUGCUUUGGAGAUGAGAAGGCGGCUUCCUGCAGCUCCUGCGCAGGGUUUUCUUUCAUUCGGUUCCGUUCUUGAUUUCGCGGAUCGCCCGCACCUGCCGCGGGAAGCUUUAGUGGUCACCCGGCAGGUGAUGAGGGUUUCCCGGGCGCUGCUGCGCGGAUAUUGACAGUUUCUGCAUGCUGGAGCCGGUGGAUUGAAGAGUCUGCAAUGAACCCGGUGAAUGCCACCUCCCUGUACAUCUCGGCAAGCCGCCUGGUGCUCAACUACAACCCCGGGGAUCCGCAGGCUUCGGCCGAGAUCUGCAAGAUGCUGCCCUUCUUCCGGCAGGCCCUGGCUUGCUGUGUGUGCGGAAAUUUGCUGGAGGACCCCGUCGCUCCAACCAACUCAACGUGUCAGCAUUAUGUGUGCAAGCAGUGUAAAGGAAAGAAGAUGAUGAUGAAGCCGUCGUGUAGCUGGUGCAAAGACUAUGAGCAGUUCGAGGAAAACAAGCAGUUGAGCAUUCUGGUGAGCUGCUAUAAAAAGCUGUGUGAAUACAUCACGCAGACCCCCCUGGCACAAGACAUCCUAAAUACCGUGGAGUGUUCUGCGGAUAUCUUGGCGUUUCUUCCCGAAGAAUCGGCUGCCGGGGAAGAGCAGGGCACAACUUCUGAGCCCCACUCACCACUAUGCCCAUCUCAUUCCCCCUUGCCACCUAAUUCAGAGCAAGCCACCGAACCUGACAAUAACUUCUGUCAGAUCCCCCGAGAUAAACCGGAUAUUGAGACUGAGUGCUCGGUGGCUAAUGGUUUGCCUGCCUGUAAUGGACUGUCUGAUCUCUCUGUAAAUAUCCCUUCCCCCGAAAGCCCCAGUCCCAUGGGCCUCUGUUGCACAACUGUUGACAUAAAAACAGAAGAUCUGUCAGAAACAUUAGAGACUGUCUGUGACCCAGUUUCCACUAGUGAGCUCUGCUCAGCUGGACUCGAUAUAUGCGGCUAUAACGAUGAUCUUAAAAGCAACGACCCCUUGCUUCUCAGCAUGGAGGAAGUUCUGCAAAGCUUAGAGACCGUUUCCGGGACGGAGGUCGGAGACUGCGAUCUGCACCAAAGCCUGGAAACUGCAACCUCUAACGGAACUUUUCUUGACAUUUGUCCCCAGCCCCUUACACACACAGUUCUGUUGUCCGACAACCACGUUCCUUCACAUGAAAUCUCUUGCACUGCUGCCACCCUAAAGGUGGCGAAGACAAACCGCAAACGUUCACGCUCGGAAAGCGACAGCGAGAAGGUGCUGCCGCUUCCCAUAUCCAGCAUUAUUCUUGGGCCAACGCUUGGAUCUCCCGCUCCCAUGUUGCUUGCGCGUGAAAACAGGAACUUUCUUCAACCUGUGGUUACUGUCCCCAAUGGGGGCAACACUUCAAAAAUCAGCAAGACGAUUCUUCUCUCCAACAAGACGUUAAAGAAAAAUACAGAGCACGCUCCCAAGAAAACACACCCAAAAUCUAAACAAACGUUGGUUAAAACAAAAGAGAAGGUGAAAGAAAAGAUCCCCAGCAAUAACGUGGUGCCUGGAAGCCCAACUAAAACUGUGUAUAAGAAGCCUCAAGAGAAAAAAGGUUGCAAGUGUGGACGUGCUACUCAAAAUCCAAGUGUUCUUACCUGCCGGGGACAACGUUGCCCUUGCUAUUCAAACCGCAAGGCUUGUCUGGACUGUAUUUGCCGUGGUUGCCAAAACUCUUACAUGGCAAAUGGAGAGAAAAAACUAGAAGCAUUUGCCGUGCCAGAGAAGGCUCUAGAGCAGACCAGGCUUACGCUGGGCAUUAACGUGACGAGCAUCGCUGUGCGCAACGCCAGCACGAGCGCCAGCGUCCUCAACGUUACAGGCUCUCCUGUAGCAACCUUUUUAGCUGCCAGUCCCCAUGAUGACAAAAGCCUAGACGAAGCGAUAGACUUAAGGUUUGACUGUUAAUUGGGAUGGCUGUUCUCGGCUCAUAACGAGCAGGGAAUGGCUUCACUUCUAUGGCAGCUAUGUUUCUGUUUGGAUAACUUGCCGGAGUUUCUGCAUAUAGAUCACUUGUAUCAAGUGUGUUCAUUGAUAAGUUAUGUGUUCGAGUUUGUUGGGGAUGGCUACGGGGGAGGAGAUGGGUUGGGGCAUGGGCUAAAGUUUGUAAAAGAAGUUGUAACCCUAAAUCCGUGUGUCUGUCUGCUUGAUUUCAGUAUGCAGUUUCGAGUGAGGGUUCAAUUUUCUGAUGCACCUGAUUUAUAGAACAUGAUCUUUGGCAAGAAGAAAUGUCCUCUUGUAUCUUGUCCGGUGUGUUCAUAAACGUUAUCUAGGUUUCAUAUUA